AUGUUACGUGAAAAUGUUGCUCGAUUUUUGGAGCACGCUAACGGACGUGAAGUGAUCAUCACUGUAACGGCACGACUUGUCAAGAAACAAAAUAAAGGACAAAAAAAGUUGGAACAGGAUGUAAAAAUUGAACAUCGAAAACGAAAUCAUACGAAAUAUGUAAACAAUACUGCAUCACAAACUGAUAAAUCAACCAGCGUUUACAGCCAGAAUAACAAUUCUGCCACUAAAUGGUAUGAUAAAAGAAAGAAUAGAUAUCACUAUGGCAAAGAAUAA